GGCCGUCAUCAAGUCAUUGAACGUCGAGCAGACAGUCCGACCAGACCACAACAGACCCAGUCACACCGACCACAUAAUGGGCAUCAAUGCAGAUAAGGACAUGGAUAUUUUGCGGCCACUCAGCGAUAACGAGGUCGAUGAGCUGCUCGGUCUGUACGAGCGCAAAUACGGGCCCCAGAAUUUUCACUAUCUUCUGCUCUACAAUCAGCGCAAAUGGGAUUGCCAGCUGGCGGCGGCAGGUAUAGCCAGGGACGAUCCCGCUUACAUUUCGCUGAGGAAGCAGUUCUACACGCAUCGCCAGGGCGACUUUCGUCGAUUUGGAACCUACGUGAGCCUCCAUCGGGACAUAGUGCAGAGCGUGUCCUUCUUCAGCUGGCAGCCGGAGGGCGUUCCGGAGCUAUGGGAAUGCCUGGAGCGGACGAAACUCAUUGAGUGGACAGAGGGCGCCCUCCUCACCAAUGUGGACCCUGCCUUCUGUGAGCGUGUCAAAGCCCUCGCCGCUGAAAAGGGCGUCACCACGGCCACUGCCCGUCAGUGCUACGGCAUGGUGCUGGCCCACGACGGGGCUUAUAGGGCCGAGGUGCCAGAGCUGCUGUCGGAGUUCGAGCUGCGUCCACUAAGGGAUGAGGACGCCCCCAUGGUACACGCCAUAUGGCCCAAUAAAGGGGAGGGCUCCCUGGCCUACCUGAGGGCCCUCAUCAAGUUCAACAAGACAAUUGGCGCUUGUCGCAGCGACACGGGCGAGCUGAUAGCCUGGAUAUUUCAGAACGAUUUCGCUGGCUUGGGGAUGCUGCAGGUCCUGCCCAAGGCUGAGCGACGAGGCCUCGGUGGCCUCCUGGCCGCUGCCAUGACCAGAAGGAUAGCCAGAGGCGAGAAGGUAACGCUGACCGCCUGGAUUGUGACUUCCAAUUGGCGCUCCGAGGCACUACUGAAGCGUAUUGGCUACCAACAGGACCUCAUCAACGAGUGGAUCAAGCUGGAGCCAGUUCCUUAGGCGAGACCGGGGCGAGACGGUGGCGAGGUUGUUCGCAGUGCAGUGUGUUCGUUGGUUUCGGUAUUCGUUUGGCCUAGUUGGCCCAAUUGUAAGUUAGGACUAUGGCCAAGGGUGUCGUUGCGGUGCGGUGCGGUUCAGUUCGGUUCGGUUCGGUUAGGUUCUGCUUUGGAUCGGAGCUUUUCAAUGAGGAGAAAUGGUGAUUUGCAUUUUCUAUGCCUAUGUACAAGGUCAACAUUUUAUUGUGCCAUUUAACAUGCGCACACGCUUUCUGAAUACACUUUACGGCUUCAUCAAAUUCAAAAA